AUGGAUGAGUUCCAGAAGGAAGUUAGAACAUCCAUUUCUGCAGCAAGUCCUUCUUCCAAUAUUAAUGCACAAUUUAGUGCAUUUAGAACUUUUGUUCUGUCGGCACUAGAGAAUCUGCAGCUGCAACUCCAGCUUCUCUCCAGGCAGCAAGACGAAAUGGAGGUAAGGAUGCGGAGGAAGAUGUUGCUUCUCCAUGGGGUGCCAGAAGUCCGCGAUGAAAAUCCACUUCAGUGCAUAAGUAAGGUUCUGUCUGAGCGGCUCAAUAUGCCUGAUAUAACUAUAGGCUGCUUUUCCAAAUGUCACCGCUUGGGGCCUACUAAGAGUGAUAAACCUCGUGCAUUGUUGGUAAAAUUUCGAGAUCAAGAUCUACGUGACAAAGUCUGGUUCUCUAAGACUAAGCUGAAAGGUAGCGGCGUUACGUUAUCUGAAUUCAUGACCAAGGCCCGCCAUGAAGCAUUUGUUGCAGCUCGGAAUCGCUUUGGUGUAUCACGGUGUUGGACACGUGAUGGGUCUAUUGUCAUUCUUGGGCGCGAUGGCACCCGACAUCGAGUGGUCUCCGUCGCGGAGGUAAAUGUCAUUCCUGAUGAAGCUGGAAGUUCCUCAGCAACUUCAACUGCAGUAACUGCGGCGACGGUAGUGGCGGCACCAUCAGCCCCUAAGCCCUCCAUCACAGGCAGGGUUCGGAAGCCGAUUAAAAAA